ACUAGCAAGCCACAUAGACGGAAAGGAGCAGUAAAACUGAACGAGAGGGUCUUUUCUUGCAUUCAGCAUGAAGCUUCACGCGCCUAUCUUCACUUUACUGUCUUUCGCUUCACUCUCGAUUUUGGCCGAGAGCUCCCAAGCGGACAACAAACAACACGUGACUCCCAAGGAAUGUAAAAAUGAUUAUUCCGGCUUGCUCGCUUCUGCUGCUACUGGAGCCGCCGUCGCCGUUGCAGCUCCUCUUGUAUUACCAUAUUUGGGAUUCACCAGCGCUGGAAUCGUAGGUGGUUCCUGGGCGGCUUCCUUGAUGUCGGCCGCAGCCGCUGGCAAUGGUGGUGCUGUAGCUGCUGGCGGUGUGGUAAUGUCGUGAUUUACCUG